AUGAAAUGCUUAUAAGUCUGGCUGAAGAUUUCUUCAACAUCUUGCUGGCUAUAUGUGACAGCAGACCUGAAGGUAGUAAGAAAACUUAAUUUAAUGCUUGACAACGUGCCUCGAGAUGCCAAGAAAAAGAUAUUUUCUACAAAGGAAAUGUUGCUUGUCAUGAGUGACAUGGGGAGGAGAAUUUUGGAUGCUGGAGACUAUGACCUGCAAGUAGCCAUUACGGAAGCUUUAUGCAGAAUGGUAUCAGAGAAACAAAGAGGACAACUGGCAUGCCAGUGGUUUUCCAUGGAGUUUGUGUCCAGUGCAUUUAAAGGAAUUAAAGAUUCUGAAUUUGAAACAGAUUGCAGAAAAUUUCUUAACCAAGUGAAUGGCAUGCUUGGAGACAAAAGAAGGGUCUUUACAUAUCCAUGUUUAUUAGCAGCUCUUGAUAAAUAUGAGCUACAGAUACCAUUGGAUGAAAAUCUUGAAGAAUUUUGGAUUGAUUUCAAUGUUGGUAGCAAAAGUAUAUCUUUCUAUGUGGCAGCAGAUGAUGCAGAUCAUCAGUGGGAAACAGUCAUUAUACCAGAAGAAGAGGUGGACAUGUACAGCCUUGAAGAAAAAGAUUCAAAGAAAUUAUUAACAAUAGAUCUAAAAAGCCCAAUGAAUGUCGGUGAUCAAGAAGGAGCUAAAUUUUUUUUAUAUUUUGAUUCUAUCUUGGAAAUCAAAGAUGUAACUGGAAAGAUUUAUGGCUUUAGUAAAUGUAAGGGCUUUUCUAAGAAGCAGUCUGCAUCAGUUGCCAAAACAACUGUACAUGUUGUCUUUGAUGAAAGUGGAUCACAGGUUCUGGUACCAGAAAGUCAGUUGUCACCAUGUUUGGAAGAAAAAUCUGGAGAAGUGGAGAAACUCAGUAAGUACAAAACCCAACAACUUCCUGGAUCUUUGAGGACUCUGAAUAAAAAUAACAGUCAAGAAAAGAGUGGAGGUGGUUCCUCCAAGGUAACUACAUCUUGUAAAAGGAAAGUGUCUGAAGCAUCCAUGCUUAUUCCUGGAACUACAAGAUUUUCUACAAGGAGUCCAUUGGCAUUUGUUACCACGUCUACCCCUUAUAAAGGACGAUUUAAAUUACCUUUGGAAAUGACAAGCUCUGCUGAAAGGUCUAACAAUAGUGUGGUAAAUGAGACCAGAACAAAGAAUUUCUAUCAGGAACCUACUGGAAGUGGGCAAAGAUGUACACUAGACAAUGACUUUUGUGAAACAGAACAGACAAUCAGGAAGUUGAAUAUCAGAAAUGAGGCAAAACUGCCUGAAAAGAGAAUGUGUGCUGAAGAAGUUUUAGGAAUGGUAGAAGAGGCAGAAAUUGAGGCCACACAAAAGCAAGCUUUAGAUGAAGCAUUGGAUAUUGUUCCUGAUUCUCAACCAGUAGGGAAAAGCAGCAAUCAUUUGCUGUCUGGUCUUUUGGAGAGUUCUUUUGAUAAAACCAAAACAUUGAAAAAAAGAGCAUGUUCUGUUCCUGAGAAGAAUAUAACUGGUGACAAGCAAAAGCUAAAUCCAUCUUUGGCAUCUAGACUGUCUGAAACAUUUUUGCAGCCUGAUUUUACAAGAGGUGAACCUGAUCUUUUUGGAAAAGAGACUGCAAAUCCAAAACAAUCAAAGAUGAAAACAAAGUCUAAAGAAGUGGCAGAUACAACAAAAUCACUGAUUGGUAAAAUCAGUGACAGAUAUAAAGUAAAGACUGAUGAGAAAAGCAAAGCAAGAGACUCCUUGGGUUUUAACAGGUCACAUUUAAAUAAAUCCCAUAUCCGUGAGGAAGAAGUUCAGGAUAGAAACCUGAAAAACACUACUUCUCUUAAUGUAACUGCUGGUCAUAUUAAGGAUGAUGUCUACAACUUUACCGUCAGUGGGUUUGAUGAGCCUACAAUAAAGCUUGGAAUCCACGAAAUGCAGGUUACUGAACUGAAUGGUCAUACAGGUCCCAAGAAAAAAGGGAACACAAGUGACAAUAAAACUAGCACUGAAGUGAAAGGAAGAAAAAAACCUAGAAACAAUCAAAACAAGAAGCAUCUCUUUAGUGAUACAGACACAGAAUACAGAGGUGAUGACAGCAAGACAGACAUUAGUUGGCUGCAAGAAUCAAAUAGAAAACCUAAAGUCCAGUUAAUUGAUUACAGUAGAAAUAAAAACUUAAGAAAAUCAGUAAGCACAGAGAAAACAGAAGAUAAAUUUUCUGAGCCUACUUGCCACAUGGAUAAACAUAAAGGCAAAAAUACAAAAAAGAAGGUAAAUGAAUGUAAAAAACAGAAUCCAAAACCUGAUGAAAUGGUAGAACAAACCACCAGACAAAAACUACCUCGAAGAGCAGCAUUAGCAAAAAAUUACAAAGAGCCUUCCAGUUCUGAGUCAGAGAGUGAAAGAAAAUCUCCAGCAUGCACCUUUAAGGAGGAGAAAUCAAAAAUACAGGUAUAUGGUUGCACUUCAUUCCUAAAAAUCCACUUCUUCCAUAUCUUUCAAAAACAUAUGAAUUGGGAAAACCGGGAUGAUAAUCAGCAAAAGGAACUCCAGACUGUUGUAUCUAUGGAGCCAAAAAGAGUAGCUAACUAUGUACAUAAAGUAUUUAUUAAAACAAAGAAUUCUGCAGAACAAAAGGAAAUUGAAACUCCUUCAUCUGAGAGUCCUGCAUCUCUUGAGACAAUGAGAUCUGCUGAAAGAAUAUCAGAAGGAGAUGUUACUCAAGAGCACAAUAAUAGUGAAAGAUCCCCUGGUCUUCAGGAGUCAACACCAGAAAAAAGGGAAAUUUUAAACUUUGAGAAAGGAAUCUCUCCCAGUAGUUUCAGUCCACAAAAAAAGAAUAUUCAAAGUGUAUGUCUUAAUCAGUCUCCUGAGAUGACUGUUGAAAAGUUAACAUUUGGAAAUAAAAGUUUGUCACCAGCUUUAACUGAAGUGUCUUUGCUCAGCUUAACAACAUAUAAAGCUGUCAGUGGAAAACAUGCAAAGGGAAAUGUAUCUGAAACAUGUGAUAAUAAUGAAGAUUCAAGUUUCAGACCUUGCUUUUCAGAUGCCCUUUCUAUUAAAGGAAAACAAGAUAUCACUAAACCUAUCAACAAAAGAAAAGAGGAUUGUGUACCAACAUCUCCAUCGUCUGUUUCCAGUGGAGGUAAAGUACAGUCUUGGAGUGAAGAACCAUAUGGCCCCAUACAUGAGUCAGGACCGACUGUGCAGACAUUUCUCAAACGAAGGUACCACAGUGAUACAGAAAGCAAUUCUGAUGAAGCAGAAACAAGCAAAGAGGAGGAAAAGAAAGGAAACAGAAGAACAAAGUUACAGCCUAGAAAAUUAUUUAAAACAGAUGAUACUGUUACUUACAGAGUGUCUGAAAGCAUAUCUACACUAUCUGUAAACGAUCUGUCUGUUUUGGAUGGGGAAAUCUGGGGACCUGGUUGUUCAACUAUCAGUGUAUGUCGAAAGCUCCAAAAAGAAUUUACGAAGAAAAUUGAGAGCCGCUCACGGAAAAUGGAUCAUUUUACUAAGCAAUCAUUAAGAAUUGCCCAUGAGCAUUUGACAACAAUGAGUUACCAGCUUCGUGAAUGCAGGGUCAGGCAGCUGGACCAAUUUCAUUUUGCUCUUCUGGAGGAACUUGAGAAUUUUGAGAAAGAUUCUCAGUCCCUGAAAAACAUGGAAAAAGAAUUCUUGACCUUUUGGAAAAAACAUACACAUACUUUUAGUACAUACAGGAAAAAUGAGCAACAGAGAAUUGAGAGUCUUAAAACUUCAUUUGAAAAGAACAUCUACCAGUCUGUUGACUAUGAAGAACAUAUUUUUACUGCAGAGAUGCAUCUGAUGAAAGAAGACAUAAAAGGACUUCAAGAGAAACUUCUUAAAGAAAUGCAAGAAGAAGAACUCUGCAAUGUUCGUAGAGGAUUGCAGACAUUGUUUCAACUAGAAGAUAGAAAUCUGAAGUAA